AGAUAAAUCUCCUGAUGCAGUGUGGAGGGAAUUUGUGUGGGGAGCAAUUGCAGGCGCAUUUGGCGAAGGCAUGAUGCAUCCAGUUGACACCCUGAAAACAAGGCUUCAGAGUCAAGCUAUAAUGUCAGGCGCUAAGGCUCAGAAGAAUAUUUUUCAGAUGGUCAGGACAGUUUGGGCUUCUGAUGGACUGAGAGGUUUCUACAGAGGAAUUAGUCCAGGCGUUACUGGUUCACUUGCUACAGGUGCAACAUAUUUUGGUGUUAUUGAAUCAACAAAGACAUGGCUGGAGAACAAUAAUCCCAAUCUUAGUGGUCAUUGGUCUCACUUUAUUGCUGGAGGAAUUGGAGAUACACUCGGAUCUUUUAUCUAUGUGCCUUGUGAAGUUAUGAAGCAGCGGAUGCAAGUCCAAGGCUCUAGCAAAUCUUGGGCAUUAAAUGCUACAAAAGGAAAUGUUUCUCAAUCUCCUGGCACUCAGAUGUAUGGGUACUAUAAUGGAAUGUUCCAUGCUGGCUCUUCUAUCUGGAGAGAUCAUGGUGUGAAGGGACUCUAUGCAGGAUAUGGGUCUACGCUUGCCAGGGAUGUCCCGUUUGCUGGCCUAAUGGUAACUUUCUAUGAAGGGUUGAAAGAACUUACUGUGUAUGGGAAGAGGAAGUAUUUGCCAGACAGUGAUUUACAAGUCAGCAACUCUUUUGAAGGGCUUGUUCUAGGAGGAUUAUCAGGCGGUUUUAGUGCAUACUUGACAACCCCCUUGGAUGUCAUCAAGACAAGACUUCAAGUACAAGGAUCAACAACUAGGUACGAUGGAUGGCUGGAUGCUAUAAAAAAGACAUGGAAUGCUGAGGGAGUGAAUGGCUUAUUCAAGGGAAGCGUCCCUCGGAUAAUAUGGUAUAUACCCGCAUCUGCAUUCACGUUCAUGGCGGUGGAAUUCCUGAGAGAGCAUUUCAACGAGAAGAUCGAUAUGGAUGCGGAGACGGCCUUGAACUAGCCUACCUGCUGAGUCUGAGGCUGAGGUGCAAGAGAGAAUUGACCCAGAGGAUUUUUUGGUUUGUCUGACAGCGAGUUCCAUUUGGCUAAUGCAGGAGUAGAUAUGCAUUUUCAGCAAUGCAGAAACAUAUGUAGGUAGAAGAGAGGAGUAGAGCUGGCUGUCCUUCGUUAAGUCGGAGAUUUUUGGGAGUUAGAGACCAGCCGUCUUGGAGCUAGUUGCCUGUACCGAUUCCGUUUGUAGCCCCUACCAUUUUUGCCACAUUGAAGAUUCUAAAUGCAGUUACCAUUCCUUGUGUU